GCAGUUGGCAGUGUGGUAGCUGAUCCUGGACCGUCCUAACGCUGCCAUUAUUAUUUGCAAUAGGGAGGGGCAUCGCAUAUCGUUUAUUUUCGCAAUGGGCUCAGGCGAUUUUCUGGCGGUGCCAAUUGUUACAGGGCGAAGCUCUCCUCGCCGUUCAUUUCUUCUCCCAGGAGUUUAUGGGCAGGGACGCUUAGGAAGCCCCUCCUGCCUUCUCCUCGAGACCCCGCGCAGAGACAUGGACCAAGGCAAGCCUCCUUCCCCACCGGUUAACCUCAACGAGUUGCCGGAGGACUCGCCCCACGUGAGGGCGGCUAUUGUAGCGCUGAGGUGCAAAGCUGUGGAGGAGAACCUACAGGUCCGCCAGCUCGACCUUUCGGACGCCUGUCUGCUCCGCUUUUUGCGGUGUCGAGACUUCGACAGCAACCUGGCUUGGAAGGUCUUGAAAAACUAUCACAGAUGGAGAAGGGAAUGCCCAGAAAUAACUACAAAUCUACAUCCACCCUCUAAUCUUAGCCUGUUGCAAACAGGCUACUUUGGAAUUUCGAAAAAGAGGGAUCCAAGUGGUUCUAGAGUGAUCUUUUAUAGAAUUGCACGAUGGGACCCUAAGAUAUUUACAACAGAUGAUCUCUUUCGUGUAAGUAUUAUGCUGUCUGAGCUUAUUGUAAGAGAAUCAGACACCCAACGGAAUGGAACCAAGACAAUCUUCGAUCUCCAAGGAUGGAAAUUUGCUCAUGCAUUUCAGAUUACUCCAGCAGUGACCAAGAAAAUAGCAUUUAUACUCACAGAUGGUUUCCCAAUAAAAGUUCGUGAAAUCCACAUGAUUAGAGAGCCUGGAAUUUUUUACCAUGUUUUUAAUCUAAUUAAGCAUUUCCUCCCUGAAAAAAUCAAAGCAAGGAUCCAUCUGCAUGGGAAUAACUUUGCACAUGGGCUCCAGAAACAUUUUCCAGCCAGCCUUCUCCCUGAAGAAUAUAAUGGUGAAGCGGGUCCUUUUGAAGAAUUUUCUAAAGAAUUGAUUGAUAUUUUAAUGGAAUCCACUGACUAUCUUCAAAGUAUUUCUCUUCUUGCAUAGACCACUGACAUGGAAUAAACUAUAACUGGAAGGC